AGCAAUAAUAGCAGAAUUUGAAAUCAAAAUGUUUUUGUAGAUGAUUGGAGGAAGUGUUGAAUAGAUGAUUUAAAAAAAUGAGAAUUCUCAUGAAUAAAAAUACUUGAGUCGUCUUAAUAAUUCUUAAUAAAAAAAAGAUUAUUCAAAUAUUACAUUGGAUAAUCUUAUUAGUAUAAAGAAAUUAGGACAAGGUUAAUUUGGUAAUGUGUAUUUAGUAAGGACUGUUUAAGAAGAUAAAAUGUAUGCAUUAAAAUGUAUAAGUAAAGCAUAGAUAGUGGAAUAACAUUUAGAGAGACAUUUAGCUGUAAUAUAAUAUAUUUAAUGAAUUAGCAAGAGAAAUAAGUCUUAUAGACAAUAAAUUUUCCAUUUUUAAUGCAAUUUUAUAAAAGCAUGAGAGAUUAAAAUUACAUAUACUUUUUGAUUGAAUUUAUAAAGGGUAUGGAAUUAUUCGAUGUAAUUCGAGAGAUUGGAUUACUUAGUAUGAUGGAUUCACAAUUUUACAUAGGAUCAUUAUUAAUAUGUGUAGAGUAUUUACAUAAAUUAUAAAUUAUAUAUCGUGAUAUAAAACCUGAAAAUAUUAUGGUUGAUGAGAAAGUAUAAUACAUUUUAAAUAAUAUAGGGUUACUUAAGAAUGAUUGAUAUGGGUACAGCAAAAUUCUUAAAUUAAAAAUCUAUUAGAACAUAUACAAUAAUUGGUACACCUCAUUAUAUGGCACCUGAAAUAAUUACAGGAAAAGGAUAUACAUUUAGUGUAGAUUUAUGGUCAAUUGGUGUUUGUUUAUAUGAAUUUAUGUGCGGUGGAGUACCAUAUGCUGAAGAUGCAGAUGAUCCUUAUGAAAUUUAUGAAGAAAUCUAAAAAAAAUCUUUAGUUUUUCCACCUUUUAUGAAAGAUAAGAAAGCAAAAAAAUUAAUAGAUUAAUUAUUGUCUAAAACACCAGAAGUUCGUUUAGGUGGUAGUUAUGCUGCAUUAAAAGCUAAUAAUUGGUUUGAUAAAUUUGAUUGGGUAUUAUUUUUAAAUUAAUAUAUCUUUAAGGAUAAACUUAUGGAUAAAGAACUCAAACCUCCAUUUAUUCCAAAAAAAACUAGAAUGAUUUCAGAUAAAGAUAUAUAAAAUGCUUUAAAUAAUGGGAAAUUAGCUUCAAAAGAAAUAAAUUCAGUUGGUGUAAUUUAUAAAAAAGAAAGAGCUAGAGAUCCUAAUUGGGAUAACAAUUAUUGA